CUCCUUCAGUCAGCCUUAGAAUAUUUUUUUUUUAAAUUUGUAUGUCAAGUCUUAUCAUUAAAACCAAAAAUAAAUUGAUAGCCAUAAUGAAGACAUGUUCGAGUGUCAACUGACGCACAUACACAACACUGCCAGGAUGUGGACAUUCAUAACUGUGACUUUCGGGCUUCUGUUUACUAGACUAGGUAACAAAUAAAUUUAGUCGUCUUACUUUGGAUAUUUCUAAAUUUUAAAUAAAACUUAGGUGCCGACAAAAAGUUGUGGCAAAGUAAAUAUUAACCAAUGAAGAGCUUCGGUCUUAGAAUUGAAUAAUUCAACCAUAUCAUCUUUGUGGCUGUUGGAGAGAAAUCAGUUUUUGUCAAUUUUAGAUAUUGAAAAAUUCAAGAAUAUUUUUUUUUUUGUUUUUUUUUGUUUUUUUUUUUUUUUUUAUUUUUUAUAUUGAAAAAUUUCAAAAUUUUUUUUUUUUUUGUUUUUUUUUGUUUUUUUUUUUUUUGUUAUUGUAAAAGAUGAAUUCAGAAAAUAAUAAAGACACGUUGUACAGUUUCACGUAUCGUGUGUGGUUAAUAAUUCCAUCUUCUACGAGCUGGCCUAAAAGUGCAUCGAAGGCCAGAGUUUAAUAUUUGAGAAAUAUAAAAUACUAGAUACAGCCCGCCAAACAUUGGCGAUAGCAAUGCGUGAACUUCUCAUCUACUAAAGUUACAUGAUAAAGCAUGAACUCAAAGUAACGCAUAUUUAAGUUAAGAAUCCCUAUUUUUGCUGCACCCCCUGCCAUAUGAUACGUCACUGCACCCAAUUUAUUUCACGCCCAUGAACUAUAUUACUAUUCUCAGGUCCCAACCACUUUUAAACCGAAUAUUUUUUACAUAAUACUUAAAUUGAGACGAUUUCAUUUCGAAAAAGAAAAUAUUACGCACCAAACGCAAUUGCGUUAUUUAAAAAAAAAAAUAUAUAUCAUAUACAGCGUAGUGAUCGGGAAUCAAAUUUUGCGCUCUCGUGAACUCAUUAUUGAACCACACUCUGGCGUAUCUAUAAAUAGCCUGCGUGGUGUUUGAACCGAGUUGGUAUUUGACCUUUGCUGGCGAAUUAUAGAUAUAUAUAGAUAGAUUAUAUAUAGAUAGCUGUUUUAAAUUGAGACCUCUGAUACUAAAGUAUGAAAUGCGUUGAAAUGAGCUGCACGCCAAGAGCAUAAAAUACAAUUCAUAGCUGCGUACAACAUUGUAUUUUCCAGGGCAUCAAGAGCGACUAAAAUAGAGAGAGAACGAAAUCAUGGUAUGGAAAAAUAAGAAAAUUAUUCAAUUUAACCAAGAUGCAGAAGAACUAAAUAAGUUGCUGAAAUUGUGACCGUUUAUUGCAAGAUAAGAACACAUUGAUCAGUGCUCAGAGCGAAACGAGUGAAAUAAAAGUUAACUCACAAAUUAUAGAUAGAUAGAUAGAUUAGAUAGAUUGGAUCGAUGGAUAGAUAGAUAGAUAGAUAGAUAGAUAGAUAGAUAGAUAGAUAGAUAGAUAGAUAGAUAGAUAGAUAGAUAGAUAGAUAGAUAGAUAGAUAGAUAGAUAGAUAGAUAGAUAGAUAGAUAGAUAGAUAGAUAGAUAGAUAGAUAGAUAGAUGGAUAGAUGGAUAGAUGGAUAGAUGGAUAGAUGGAUAGAUGGAUAGAUGGAUAGAUGGAUAGAGGGAUUACUUCACCGUAAGAGAGAAAUUCCCCCAAAGGUUAUACAAACCUCUAGCCUCUAACCCUAUUUUAAAAUGAUUCAGCUUCAUCCCUGAGUAUCAACGACUGUCCGGCCGGCGUACCAACGGGACGUCUACCUCCAAGUCUACGGAGAGUCGUGUUUCCAGUUUGUGGUCAGCUGCCGUCGCAGCCAUUACCUGGCCAAGGCCGACUAUGAGAGCAACGGCGGAACGCUCGCCCUGGUCAAAUCUAGUGACAUUCAGUCGUUCCUGUACCGAGAACUGCUGGACAAGUACCAGGCCCGCUUCGCCAAACCCUGGAUAGGGCUCAACGACAUCGACACGGAGGGCGUCUACCGCUGGGAGGACGGCACGGCCUUGGACUUCACGGGCAAUGACGUUGGGCAAGGUCCCGACUCCACAACUUUCACGCACGGGCUGCUGCACGAAAAAGAAGAUUGCGUUGCCAUGGAUGUGGAGAGAGAGGGGGGAAGUGGGCCGAAUACGCGUGUGGGGAAACGCCGGACUUCCCAGAGGAGCAUCCGUACAUCUGUCAAUUUGCUUUGUAGUCUACGUCUGAUGGUCUACAAACUACGGCCCACGGGUCAGAUCAGGACGUCCAUGGUGCUUCAACACAGACUGGCUGUCCCGGGUAGCACUGGGAAAAAAAAAAGGAAAAAAGAACCAGACACGGAGCGUCUGCCCCGCCUAAAUCAGGCUCAUACUUCCAAAUUAAAUAGUAAUAACUUUAUUUUGAUUUAAAUAAUUCUCCAUAUUAAAUAAUGCAUUGUUUUGUCUGUAUUUUACAAAGAAACACAAUAUUAGCAGUGUGCCUAGAAAUUUCGUUCAUAUUUUUUCAAACUAUCGUCCAGCCCAAAAUGUCUGAGGGACAGUGAACCUGCCCCCCUCCCCACCCUAGAGUCUGUGGGGAAAUUGAAUCCUACGUAACAAAACAAAGUAAAACAUAACUUAUCUGAUAAUUGUGUAUCAUUUCUCAAACUUAUCUUUUUAAAAUUAAUUUUUGGAUCCCUUGAAUGGUGAACGAAGCUGUUCAUUUGUGAUAAAUUGGGCAUUUACGGCCCGCAAUAUUUGACUUGGCGGACUGCAAUAUUUGACUUGGCGGACUGCAAUAUUUGACUCGGUGGACUGCAAUAUUUGACUUUUCGGGCUGCAAUAUUUGACUUGGUGGGUUGGAAUAUUUGACUUGGCGGGCUUCAAUAUUUGAACUGGUGGGCUGCAAUAUUUGACUUGGCGGGCUUCAAUAUUUGACUUAGUGGGCUGCAAUAUUUGACUUGAUGGGUUCCAAUAUUUGACUUAGUGGGCUGCAAUAUCUGACUUGGCGGGCUGCAAUAUUUGACUUGGUGGGCUUCAAUAUUUGACUUAGUGGGCUGCAAUAUUUGAUUUAGUUGGCAGUAAUAUUUGAUUUAGUGGGCUGCAAUAUCUGACUUGGCGGGCUGCAAUAUUUGACUUGGUGGGCUGUAAUAUUUGACUUGGUGGGCUUCAAUAUUUGAAUUGGUGGGCUGCAAUAUUUGACUUGGUGGGCUUCAAUAUUUGACUUAGUGGGCUGCAAUAUUUGACUUGGCCGGCUGCAAUAUUUCACUUGGCGGGCUACAUUUUUUGAUUUGGCGGGCAUCGGGUUGACCACACCUUCUUUAGUAUCGUGUUUCUACCUUACCUUAAUAUAUUACUCGUACUUGACAAAGUAUCUUGGAAAACUUAUUAAUUAAAUUUUCGUCAAUCAACCUGUACUCUUGAAAUAAACAUAUGCCAAUCAACAUUUACUACUGAAUCAAGAGACAUAAUGUCAGGGGUGCUAUCAAUCAACAUGAACUCCUGACUUAACAUAUGUCAAUCAACAUGUACUACUGAAUCAAGAGACAUAAUGAAAGCCAUGUGUCGGGAAAAAACUAAGUGUGAAACUUUUAUUCAUUGAAACAUAAAUCACGUGAUCUCCAUUUUAAAGGAAUCCAGGAAAAAAAAAUUCGUUGGCCAGAUGCCACAACCAUCCAUCCCCUUCACACCCCACUCAAACCCCCCCCCCCUUUCAAGGGGCGGGGGGGGGGCCCCAGCGAUGACUUGCAGAUUUGCGUACCUUUCUUUAAUUCAGCAAUUCAGCUUGGUAAUAAAAUAUUUCACCCCGUGAUGGUGCUAAAAAAACUCCGUUGGCCAGAUACCACAACCCCCCAUCCCCCUCCCACCCCACCCAAACCCCCCCCCCCCUUUCAAGGGGCGGGGGGGGGGCACCAGCGAUGACUUGCAGAUUUGCGUACCUUUCUUUAAUUCAGCAAUUCAGCUUGGUAAUAAAAUAUUUCACCCCGUGAUGGUGCAACACAUGGAAACAAAACAAAAACAAACAUACAAACAAAACUAUUCUUUAAAAAAAUAAAAAUUAACAAGAUCAUUGUGAAUUUGCCGAAUUUGAGCGAUCUCAGCAGGUGGUUGGAGAUAAGAUCAAGUCAGUGGCCUCAUUUGGUGUCUUCACAACGACAGUCAAAUGAACUUUUAGGGUUAUGCCAUGUUUGUAGAUAUGCUUAGAAAAUCGACAAUACUUUGACGCACAAGAAACAAGUUCAAAAUGAUUCCAUCAUCCGAAUGCAAAUUAUUAAAAAUAAAAACAUACAUUAAUAUUUUAGCCGUUGGAAUUUUACAAAAAUGAAAAUGUAAACAUAAGAAAUUCAUGUUUAGUUUGUAGUUUUGUUUUUUUUAAAUCGUUUUUUUUUAUGUUUUACACUCGGUAUGUUAGCAUGAGUGGCAGAUGUUACAGUUGUUAGGCAUGUUACAAUGUAAGAGCUUACAAAAAAAAUUAAAGCAUUCGUAACUUUCUUGAGCCAGUAAUAGUAGAAUGUGGUUCGAGAGUUCAAUGUGAGACAAGUAAUAUAAAAUAUUGUUUAAACAAUUAAAAAAGAAACCGACUUUCUAUCAAAGACGAGCUUUUAAACAACUAAAAAAGUAGAAAUUAAUAUUAAAUUUAUUAAAAUGGGUACGUAAAGAAAUGUUUGUACUUUUUUAAUUAUAAUGAUUAAAUUUGUAAUGAUUAAAUUAUCGAGAAAAGAACAAUUAUUUACUUUUUUUUAAAACAUCGAAUGGAGCUUACAAAAUCCCGGUUCAAGUGAUUUAACUCAUUACCUAGGCAUGCAACUAAACAAAGACACAAAUAGAUCUAAGCUCACCCACCCACCCGUUCACUCAACAGCGAAGCAGAGCCGCCUCCGUCGAAGGCGUUUUCCCCAGCCGUUCACCAGAUGAACACUGCACCAACAAGUCUUCAGAUGUCACGUGUGUAAACAAACAGAUUAAGUUCGACACACAGGACAUUACGAUUCAAGUGAUGGACAAACGAGCAGAGAUGAAGUUUUUAAUAAGAAAGGGGGAAGGGAUAGAAAAGGUAGACAUUGCGAGUGAGGAAAUAGAAUGGCGGAGAAAAAAAAAGGAAACACAGACUUGGUUCUGGAUAGCUUGCCAUGAAACACCAAGAGGAAUUAUUUUGAAAAAUAGUCAUGUACAAUACUCAGUUCCUCUAACAUUCAUUAAACAGUUGUUUAAAUGUAUAACUUACCGGUCAUAAAAGGAAUCUACUGAAUUCCCUCCCCACCCCAUUCCUUUACUUUUUUUUCUCAGAGCACCCAUACUUACAAUUACGCCUCUGAAAAUGCUAACGAUUUGCAAAGAAGUUGAACGACAUUGUAUUCAAUAUGAACUAUUUUGUCUUAAAACUGUGUUCUAGAAUCUAGGAGUUCUCCAUCCCAUGUACUUUAUCCUAAGAUCCCAAUCUGUCAUUUCCCAGGACGUGACGUUUCAACACGAGGGGUAAAGAGCACAGCACGGUGUGUUUUAUAGUGUGUGCCUCAAGUGGUGUUCGUGGUCAACAAUUACCGUACACAGCACAUCGCAUUGAUUCUCGUGGUCAAGCUUUUUAUCUUGCUCAGGUGUGUCGGGUGAAGAAGUCACAGUUGAGAUGAUGUUAUUCGAGUUAGCAUUUCUGUGUGCUCUACUCACAAGUCUAGGUAAUCGUCAAGUUGAUUCUUCAUUCUGGGGAAAAAUCAAUGUAAAUAAGGCUUGCAUAAUGUGCAGUUUGCGCAACUCAGAGAAUAAUAUUAUGAACGUAUUGGCGCUAUUAACUUAUUCUAUAUAUAUAUAUAUAUAUAUAUAUAUAUAUAUAUAUAUUAUAUAUAUAAGAAUAAGAAUAAGUUAUUAAGUUAUUGUGACCUUGUGUAUAAGAAGGAGCUUAUGUCACCAUGCAACGCUAAAUUCUUAAAAACAACAAUAAUGAUUUAGUAUUAAUUUGCAGAAAUCGAAUCAAAUUAAAUCUGAUAAAAUAUAUCUGCUUAUAUGCAAGAAUAUGUAAUCUUGGAUAAUAUUAAGCUCAUACAUUAGGAAUAAAUGUAUAUUAUAAAUUUAAAGACGUGAAAAUGUAACCUUUAAAAAUAGAUGCAGAAGAUUUUCUUUAAAUAUAAAUGAAACGCGUUUGUGUAUUUGAAAAGCCCAGACAUUCUGCCGGAACGCUCAUCAAGAAAACCAUCUGUUUAUGUCACAAGUGUGCACUUUCAGAAAGCAACACUAAACAGCACGUGGGGGGGGGGGCGAACUUUUUGCGACAUACGAAAAUGUACGAACAUUAAAGAUCGAAAAUUCACGUAUGUAUAUAUAUAUAUAUUGGAUGAAAUCGGUAAUAAGUAUAAGACAAGGGUUGAUGCUGGUGAGAUCAACAAUCUUUUCGAUGGAUUUUGAAAUGUAAAUAGAAACUUUGUUUUCCAGAACGUCUCCAAAAACACGGUAACGGGGGGAAAAAUCACAUUAAUUUCGUGAUUUUGUGAAGUUUUGUAGAAUUAUAGCGUGUACACAGAAACGUUGAUCAAUUGAUCUUCUCUAGAUUUUGUUCCCGUUGUUCCCAGUUUAACAUGCCUUGGAUUUGGUCGAAUUUGAGGUUUAGACAUCAGCGCAGCUUUUUUUUUUUUAAUAGUAAAAAUCUGACAAUCAAUUUUGUCCUCUCCAAGUGAUUUUUUUUGAAAAAUCUUCCCCUGAUAAUAAGAGAGUAUUGUCAUUACGGUCAUAAAACUCUCAUAAAAUAACUCUCUAAAAUAGGGAUCUCAAAGUAUUCAAUUCAAUGUAGAAGUCAACGGCACUAAAUGAAUACUGUUUAGUUUCAGUUGUUUCUUUCAUAUCUACGCUUAAAUAUUAAAUGUGUCAACUCUCUGUCAACUAAACCAACACUUUAGUCACAUCAUCAUCUUAUUUCUAUGUUGUUGUUUUUUCUUCUUUUUCCAGCUGGUGCUCAAACUAUCAACGACUGCCCCGCGAGUUUGCCCAGAAACAGUUUUCUACAAGUUCACGGGGACUCCUGUUUCCAAUUCGUUCUGUUUCGAGAACGUACCCACACUCAAGCCAAAGCUGAUUGUCACAGCAACGGCGGCACACUGGCUUUGGUCAAGACCCCUGAAAUCCAGGACUACAUUUAUCACGAAAUAUUAAGCACGUACUACGGCUCCACCGUCAAAGUCUGGGUCGGCCUCAACGACAUCGACAAUGAAAACAUCUACAAGUGGGAGGAUGGUUCGCCCGUGACCUUCUCAAACUGGAACACCGGCGACGGCCCCGCUUCGGGCACCACUGGGACGAGCCACCACGCACUGAACCACAACCAGAACGAUUGCGUCGUCUUAGAUGUGGGGCUCAAGGGGAAAUGGGUGGAGUACCCCUGCGAGAGCCAUCCUCUAUUUAUUGUGUUUAGCCAAAACGAAGCACACAUGUACGUCUGUCAGUUUAAGCUUCACAUAAUCCCCACAGCAGCAGCAGCAACGACGACACCACCACGGACAUCAGGAAGCUUGGUAACGCAGGCAGAUACAACACAAAUGGAGAUACUAACCAAUGUAGAACAUGAGUUAGAAACAACUCAGGAACAAGGUGUGCAAGUAACAGAACAGCCUAAUACACAUGCUACAGAAGACUUUGAAGUAACCGAAGAAACAGAAGAACCCGUUUCAGAGUCCCCAGACUAGCCUCACAACUUCAUUUUCAGUGAAGCCACAGAAUUUUGUUGUAAUGUUUUUUGCGAAAUAAAAAGAAGAAAUACAC